AUGGGCUGCUGCAAUAGCCUCAAGUCUGAACCUCAUCAAAUGAUUAUGUCAGAGAAUUAUGAUAUGGCGAAAUGUACUCCACUCCAAGAUAGCAUUUCAAAAUCAGUCCUUCAUAGCCAAAUUAAUUUUCAAAUUACAAGAAUAAAGCAACCUCAGUCCGCUUUGGACGAAUCUGUAUUAUCAAGCGUUUAUGAGACUGAUAACGACUUACCUCUGCCGGAUAUAACGAUAGACGAAAUAAAUAACUCCAAUAUAAAAGAAAAACGACCCAAUUAUUUGGAAUAA